UCGAAACGCGAGACUGAGCGCGGGGACUUGGAACUUGGAAGAACUUCUCUCUCUCUCUCUCUCUCUCUCUCUCUUCCUCGAAGUUUGCCACCAGGGUCCGGUACAGUGAAUAACCAACAUUUGGCAUCACUUUGCAGAUACAAUUUAGGCUGUGAAAAUUGAUGGCUAUUUCAGGAGUUUUUUCAUUAUUCUUGUAGCCCUCGAACAAUGCCUACUUUGGAGAUAAAAGUCUUGGCAUGAUUAGUAUCUGAUAGCUAAAUGAAGGCACAUUCGCAGAUGAAAGUGAGGGGACCUGCUAAGGUCAACUCCCAGCAGGUGAUUUUUGAGCUCAAGCAUAAGGUUCUUCUUGCACUGAACAAACUAGCGGAUAGAGACACCUAUCAAAUUGGGGUUGAGGAGCUUGAAAAGACAGUUGAAAAUUUGACCCCAGAUAAGGUUUCCACAUUUCUAUCUUGUAUAUUAGAUACUGACUCAGAGCAAAAGAGUGCGGUACGAAAGGAAUGUAUCAGAUUGAUGGGUACAUUAGCAAGGAUUCACAAGGGUCUUGUUGGUCCACAUCUUGCUAAGAUGGUUACUAGUAUUGUUAAGCGGCUCAAGGAUCCAGACUCUGUUGUGAGGGAUGCUUGUGUGGAAACAAUGGGAAUGUUGGCUUCUAAAUUGAGUAGUUAUGAAGAUCAGAAUGAUGGGGUUUUUGUUGUGUUGGUGAAACCACUUUUUGAAGCCUUGGGUGAACAAAGUAAGCAGAUGCAGUCGGGUUCAGCACUGUGCUUGGCAAAAGUUAUUGAUAGCACCCGUGAUCCUCCCAUUUCAAUUCUGCAGCGAAUGUUAACUCGAACUACAAAGUUGCUGAAUAACCCACAUUUUAUGGCAAAACCAGCAGUAAUCGAGUUGAAUAGAAGCAUCAUUCAGGCUGGAGGGGCUGCCACAAAAAGUAUACUGUCAACAGCAAUUGCUAGCAUCCAAGAGGCUCUCAAAAACAGUGACUGGACAACACGUAAAGCUGCUUCCAUAGCACUGGGUGAAAUUGCUUCAGCUGGUGGCUCCUUUUUGGGAACUCUCAGAGCUUCCUGUAUCCGUUCUCUCGAGUCUUGUCGCUUUGACAAGGUGAAACCAGUUAGGGACUCAGUGCUGCAUUCCUUACAAUACUGGAGAAGCCUUCCUGGACCUGAUACGCCUGAACCUUCAGAAGCUGGAUCAUCUAUAAAAGGUUUUAUUUGCUGUUGA